GUUCGAGACCCACACUUCAAGCGUACCAUGGCCGAUUCUGACACCACUGCAAAGGUCACCGAUGUCUCAGAACAGACAAAGGAUCAACAGCCUACACUUGAUGAGAUCACCGUGAAGAUCAGUUCUUUGGCCACCGACGCCAAUGAAAGCAACGCCUGACGAUGUCGCUGCGGAUCAGAAAACUGAGCAAGCGAAGGAGGAACCGGAAGAAAAGAAGGAACCCGUAGAGAAGAAGGAUGCUGAAGAGGCGCCAAAGGAAGAAGCCGAAAGUCAGGAAGUCGACGACAAUAACUUAAUCCAGUCUACUCACGUCGUUCAAGUUAAGCUCGCUGAUCAGCAAGCUGAUCCUAACUCUCCUCUGUUUUCUGCCAAAACCUUCGAGGAACUCGGAUUGGCACCUGAGCUUUUGAAAGGUCUCUACGAUAUGAAGUUCACCAAGCCAUCUAAAAUUCAAGAAAGAGCUUUACCGCUUCUACUUUCAUCACCACCACAAAAUAUGAUUGCCCAAUCUCAGAGCGGAACCGGCAAAACUGCUGCAUUUGUUUUGACAAUGCUUAGCAGAGUUGAUAUAAGCUCACCAGCUACACAAGCUAUUUGUUUGGCGCCCAAUAGAGAGCUGGUUCGCCAAAUCUUGGAUGUCGUCACGCAGAUGGCAAAAUAUACACAGAUCACUACAGCCGCUGCUGUAAAGGAAGGCAUUGCUAAGAGGCAAAAAGUGAAUGCCCAGAUUAUUGUCGGAACUCCCGGUACUGUCAUGGAUCUUAUCCAAAAGCGCCAAAUUGAGACUCGCUCUGUGAAAAUAUUUGUUUUGGAUGAAGCCGAUAAUAUGAUUGACCAGCAAGGUUUGGGAGAUCAGAGCAUUCGUAUCAAAAAUGCCAUGCCAAGAGACUGUCAAAUUGUUCUCUUCUCGGCCACAUUUGCCGAUAUCGUAAGACAUUUCGCCGUUCGAUUCGCUCCCAAAGCCAACGAAAUAUCACUCAAGAGAGAGGAACUUAGUGUGGAUGGCAUUAAGCAACUUUAUAUGGACUGCAAGAACGAACAACAUAAAUAUGAGGUUCUCUGCAACCUUUAUGAUUUAUUAACCAUCGGACAAAGUAUCAUUUUCUGUCGCACUCGUGCCACUGCCGAUGAGAUCGCCAGACGUAUGACUGCUGAAGGACACUCAGUGGUGUCAUUGCACGGAAAACUUGAACCAGCUGAGCGUGAUAACGUCAUGGACAAAUUCCGAAAUGGCGAAAGCAAAGUUCUCAUCACCACCAACGUUAUUGCAAGAGGUAUCGAUAUUCUCCAAGUCACCCUCGUCAUCAAUUAUGACAUACCUACCGACUCCAAUGGUAGACCGGAUCCAGAAACAUACUUGCAUCGUAUUGGUAGAACUGGUAGAUUUGGACGCUCCGGCGUCAGUAUCAAUUUCGUUCACGAUAGAAGAAGCUUUGAGGAAAUGCAUGCCAUAGAAACGCAUUUCGGAAGAGCAAUUCAACGCGUUCCUACAGACGAUUGGGAAGAAGUAGAGAAACUGCUCAAGAAAUGCCUUUAAACGUUUUGAAAAUGAGCAGCAAGAUGGUCUUAUAUAAUAAAAUAAAAAAUAUUUCUUUACUCAAAAGGUCAAACCAACCGUUGAGUGCCUGAA